ACCUCAUUUUUGAACAAACUUUUAAACAACGUAUUAAUCGGUGCGCUGUUAGAAAUUAAGUUACUUUUAUUCAUGAAAAUGUACUCUAAAAAGAUUUAUCUAACGCAUAUGUUUACUUAAUCAGUAUUCUACUGUUCAAAGUUGGAGUAGUGAAUAUACACAAAUAUGGAUGGUCAGUGCAUAGGCAAAGGAUUACGUAUGAUACAAGUGCAUGUUCUUCAUUUGGAUGACACUAUUCAUACUUUUCAAAUUUCGGGUCAUUCAUUAGGGGAAGAAUUAUUUGCAACAGUUGUCGAUCGAUUUAGACUACUUGAAGCUGAUUACUUUGACCUGGAAUAUGUAAACGAUGAAGGACUGAGAUGUUGGUUAGAUCACAACAAAACGGUUAUGAGGCAAUAUUCCACAAACCGAGAUUUUAUUUACCGAUUUAGUGUUAAAUUUUAUACUCCUCAUCCUAAUUUACUCGAAGAAGCUUACACAAGAUACUUGUUUGCAUUACAAAUAAAACGUGAUCUGGUUACCGGUACUUUAUUGUGCAGUGAAAACACAACUACUUUACUUGCUUCAUACAUUGUACAAGCUGAGAUUGGGGAUUUUAUUGAAGAAGAAUACAGAACAAUAUCUUAUUUGAAAUCCUUAAAAUUACUUCACGAACCAAAUGAUGAACGUUUGCGUCGAGUUAGAGAAUUCCACAAAUCUCAUAUUGGAUUAACACCAACAGAAGCAGAUUUUGCUUUAUUGGAUACUGCGAGAAAAAUAGAAUUCUAUGGUGUUCGUUUACAUUUUGCACGUGAUCAUGAAGGCCUAGCCCUCAAUCUAGCUGUCACACAUCUUGGUUUAUUAGUAUUUCAAAAUUUAAUAAAGGUUAAUACAUUCUCAUGGGCAAAAAUAAGAAAACUAAGUUUCAAACGUAAACGAUUUCUUGUUAAACUACAUCCAGAAAAUUAUGACACAAUUGAAUUCAUAUUCGAUUCGCGUGACGAGUGCAAACAGUUUUGGAAAAAAUCAAUUGAGCAUCAUACAUUUUUCCGAUGUAUUUAUCCUGAUCGUAAAUUACAAAGACGUUCGCGUUUAACAUCAAGUGGGUCCUCAUUUCGAUAUAUGGGACGUACUGAACAGGAAUUGCAGGAAUACGUGCAACGAAAUUGUGAAAAACGACCUCCAUUCGAGAGACCGUCAGCUGCUAAACAUACCAGUUUAUCUAAAAUAACUGCCCCUGCAUAUUCUACUAGACGACUGAAUUCAGGCUCACUAACAUUACGUUCAAGUUCAGCUGACAGACGUAAUUUCAUGUCAGGUACCAUCGGCGGAAGUUUUGCCGGAACAUUAGUUGCACAACCUGCACUAAAAAGAGCUCAAAGUAUGGGUGUUAAUGCAAUCAGUCGGGAUCAACAAGCUGCUGAAAGAUCCUCUACAGACAUUCGUUUACCAAUCAGCACACUAGCAACUAGCGGUUAUGCCACACUAUCUGGAAGUGUUAAUGAUAGUGGUCGAAGUAGUCAUCCAAAAAAUAUUGAAGAUUUAGAGCAAAGUGAAGUAAAAAUACUACAGUCAAGUUCACAAAAUGAAUCAGGACGAAGGAUGACUGGUGAUUGGAGUGGAGAGAAUCAACAUAAGCAGUCAGAUGAAGGCAUUUCUAGUCGCGCAUGGAAAUCUGAAGCAGGAUCGCCCGAUCAGAGUGAAGUCACAUCCCUGUCUAAACUUAAUUUAGAAAUGGAUGCCUUUCUUAGUUCUCGAGAUGACCAGAUAUCUUUAUCUGACCAGCGAAACCAUGAAGAGUCAAAGGAUACAGGGGAAAAUUCUGACAACAUACAACUGAGUAAGAAAUCUACACAGCUCUUCGAUAUACUUCAGGAUGGUUCAAUCAGAGGAUAUCUAUUUUCGUCUUCUCCCUCAUUUGACCAAGGCAGUGAACAAUUACCAGACUUAAGCAGCUUUCAGCCAACUGAACAUCAACUAAAUGAUUACUCUACAUCUCGCUCAUUCGAUCCGAAUCAUACAUCCGUUUCUAGUUCAGAUAACCAUCCUAGUUGGUCGCUUUCACUAGCUUCAAAAAUUCUGUCCAGUCAACCAGAAUCAAUACACCGUUUUGAAUUCUCACAACCACCUCCUAAACCUCAUCGUACUUCUCAAAUUUUAACUACACGUGAAGAGGAUAGUUUGAGAUCGACUUCUGAAUUUGAAAGAAAUACAAUUAUGGAGCCAUCAUUAGGUGAAAUAAUUCAACUUCAUAUGGAUAGAUCUAAUCUUAUAAAUCCGAUUACAUCAAAUGCAACACAACUCCUUGAAACAUACAGUACAGUACAAAAUAUUAGUACUGAUGAUAAUAAAGACGACAACACCUAUGGAUCAAGCAAUACAGUCACGAAUCUAUCUAGCUCGCAACCAUAUGAGGCUACAUUAAUUUUACCUACUGUUACCCAGCUUGGUUUAGAGAUUAGUUUGGAUAAAGAAUUAUCAUUUCUGCACACCAAUCCAAUCUUAUCCACUGAAACAAAUAAAGUAACUGAUUCUAAAACAUCAGUUACUGACAACGUACCAACAAUCGAAACAACAUCGUUUACACAUGAAAAUAAUACUGCAACAACAAUGACUCUAUCUAUGUUGCCUAAUUUAUCAAUAAGAUCACAAACUAUUUCUUCAUCUAUAACCAUACCACCAUUCACUACAUCUUUUUCUCUGAUGACUUCAUCACUUUCAACAACAACGACAACAGCACCAGUGGCAUAUCCAGAAAGUAUUACAACAACCAAGGGAUCACAAAGUCUGUUAGUUAAUGAUCAGUUAUUAUCUCCCGAUCACUCAAUACUGUACGAUUUUCUACCACAGGAAGAUACAUUUUCAAUUACUUUAAAUGAUAUUUCAAUGUUGAGGUCAUCUGAAGCAACUGAUAGAGCAUCAGUAGACAAACAAUUACCCAAAUCAGAAGUAGAAUCAAACAGAGUGCAACUUACCGAUUUUCUACAAACAUUUGGAUUAACAAGUAGUUCAAAUGAACCUAUAGAUCUAGUUAAAUCUCUAGCAAAAUCUAAUGAAAAUGAAACUUAUGGAUGCUUGUUUCUGGACGAUCUGGGUUCAAAAUCUCAAAAGCUUUUUGGUACCAGUACGACUCAAACAGAUGUAUGUACCAUAUCGACAGCUUCUACAACUACUUCCACAUCUACAGCUAAAGCGAAAUCACACGUAACUACCACAUUAUCCGAAAUAUCCAAGACACAUGAUUCUUUGUUCUCUCAUUUCAAUGCAAAUGUAUCACGUUUUAGUGUUGGUGCAGAACCAAUUCAUAUUGCAUCAUUGGAUCAAUGGAGCUCAAGUAGUUCAGAAAGCACAACAGGAGUUAUAAUACGCUCAGAUUUAGUUCCGAAUACAUCUGCCACAUGUCAUCAUUCUGUUCCGUGUAUUAAUUCUAUUAAUCCUAUGUUACAGCAUUCAUCAACCUGCCCAAAUGCUUCAAAAUCUAUACCUUUGGGAAACGUUACCAGUUAUCUGCAUCCAUCCGAAGGUGAUGUUAGAUCCUCUAAUUACAGAACUGAACAUAAACAAGUGAAUAGUGUUAAAGGCACAACAUCACAUAACAAUGUACCAACUAAGUCUAAACACUAUAAGCAUUUGCAAAGUCACGAACAUAUAUGUUCCCAUGGUCAUCACUUAUCUAACUCUAUUCCUUCUGGUAUUCAUCUUACUGAAUUAGAGGAAUCAAUUCUUUCAACAUCACAGCAUGUUCAUAACAUGAUUCCUACGGAAAAUGUGAAACGAAUUCAUGGAAAACACAGCGACAGUAAAAAAUCUGAACAAGCGAGAAGAAAUAAACAUUUACAUCAUUUGCAUGAACAGAUGAAUCAAGAAUCAAGUGGAAAUCACAAUUUGGUGUCAUUAAAUGAUUUGGAAAAUGCAGCUGAGAUACUUGAAGAGGUUCCUUACGUGGUACUUAGACGUCCUCGUUCAGUUGACGUUAAACAGUAUCAACUUCACUUAGAGCACCAAAGACAACAAGCGGCUGCCUUAGCUGCUGCUGCUGGGGGCUAUCCAUUUCAUCUUUAUCAAACACCAGGUGCUCAUUACCCUUUCACUUCACGACUACCAAUUGGUUCUCAGUUGUCAUAUGGACAUUACGUUCAGCCACAACCUUUUCAUGGGUUCAGAAAUCUGGAAUGUAAUCAAAAUCAUCAUUUAGAUACACCGAUUACAUUUGGAUCGCAUCGUAAAUCUGAACAGUCAGGUAAACAAACAUCUCAUAAAUGUUCAUCAAGUCAAUCGAAGCAGGUAUCAAAACGGGAUAGUGACUCAUGUAAACGACAUUCUAAGAGAACACAUUCAAGAAGUCGAAAAGAAACUGAACCAUUUGUUUUGGAAGAAAAUGACUACUCCUUAAAGGGUGACACGAAAUUUAGUCAAUACGAUACUAAUGACAACCAUAUAACUGUCACUAAUUUACCACCGCGAACAACCAGUGCAUACUCUCAUCAUCGUCACCACGACCAUUGUUUGCACAGACGUUCUGAAGUAUUAUCUGGUGGGAAAACAAAUGGUGUGUCUGGAGAUAGAAAAAUGAAAUCCUCAACAUUGGCUAGUAAUGUUACAACCAUUAGCACUACUACAAAUGUUGGCAGCAAAGAUCAAAAACAUGACAAGUCAAAUACUGAAUAUGAUACAAAUUUAGCAAAAGGUAAGGAGACCAUGAUAUCAUCCGUAAUAUCAUCAGGACUAUUAACAACAACCACUAGUGCAACAGGACUAACAAAACAAAAAUCACAACUUCCAGAGUUACAACAACUACAACCGUCAUCACCUAUGCAAGACAAAAAGAGUAAAGCUACAACAUCCUUGAUAACAACUGAAAGUCAAAAAUUAAAACAUAUUUCAUCACCAGAUGUUCAUGAGGAAAAUGGUGAAAGUGAAAUACCUUAUCCUGUUUCAGUAUCUGCUGUAAAACCGGUGCCUAAAUUGAAGGCGGCGUCAAAAUCAACAAGUAAACGUCAAAUACAUGAGCACUUACAACAUCCAAUACCUCCACCAUACUGGCAUUAUCAUCAUAAUGAAGUACAGCCUCAACAACAUCAUCACCAUCAUCAUCCAGCCUGUGCAUCACUUAUCGGUAAACAUGAAGCGACAGCAAGGUCGACGAAAGAUCAACCACAACCAACUAUAUAUGGAUCUGAAUUCUUAGCGACAAAUUAUCCUCACAUUUUUACAAAAGUUUUAAAGCCAUCUAGUAGUGGUAAAUCUGAACCAAGGGUGACAUCGACAAAGAAGAAAGUUACUUCUAAACCGUCAGGAUUAUCAGGUGAUCAAAUGAAACAGGCCGUUACACCUGACUUCACCGAGAACAAUAAAGAGAGUGAUGAAAAAAUUACCAAGCAAACUAAGAAGCCAGAUGAACGAUUCAGAGGUGAUAUGGAUCCAAAUGAAACUUUUGAAAAACUAAGAGAAGACUUACGAUCCGCUGGAUUCACUGUGGAUACAAAUCGUCCAUAUUUGAGUACAACAAAAUCAAAGAAUAAUAAACAGCCUGCAGAUAGUUAUGUACAAGAGCCUAAAAAAGCUGGAGACAAAACUCACUCACAGAGUAAACCUAAACGAACAGAUGUGACAAAUGAUCGAGUAGUAUCCUCCAAUUACAGUAGAUUGAUAACUAGCAGUACCACUCCUACGACGACUUCUACUUCAACUACUCCCACCACUGUUGCUGCUGGUACAGUUCCAAGUGAAUCAAUAAAAUCCGAUGCAGUGAAAGAACUAGAGUUGGCUACUUCGACAGGAAAAGUGAAUAUUUCAAAUCUUAUUCCAACAUAUGAUUCAAUGUCAGGUAUACACCCACGUACUCCUAUAUACCUAGAUUCUGAAUCAGAAGAAGAAAUGAUUACAAAUGUUAGAAGCAUGAGUGUUGAAGAAACUAUUGAAGCACCAGACACAAAAGAUUCACAGGUUUGUAAGAAACAAGUUGAAGAGUGGAUAGAGAAAAGUCAGGCAGUAUACAAUAAAGAAGAAUUAUCUAAAGAUACAGAUACUCAGCCGUUACAAAAAGAUGAUAAGCAGCAUACAGAUAUAAAAGGUGCAGUUGAUUUAAGUCUUGAACAUAAUGUUGAAAUCAAACCACAUUUGAUGAGUGAACAUUCUCAAAACAAUUUGAUUCAGCGUUCACCGAGAUCUCAUUCACCAUCACUCCCUCUUUCAUGUCAUUCGGUUGAACCGGGUAGUACAGAUUUAUCAUUCAGUUCUAACUUAUCAACCUCAGCAAGUUCAUAUUCUAUGCUUUCUGGCUAUGAUUACACUCCAAGUGUAGGUUGUUCAUGUGAGCGUGUUCACACACAUGGUUAUGAUGACUAUUCUUUAUCCUCUUUUACUUCUUCGUCUUGUGAAUAUCCUCAUCAUACACAUAGAUCUCAUCACAGUCGGCCUAGCUCUUUUCAUAAACAGCAUGGUUACUAUCGUCAUCAAACUUGUUACUGUCAUCGUUGCACUUCAAGAUCAAGAGAUGGUCGUCAUAAACGCCAUGCAUCAGAACACCAAUAUCAAAGGCAUACUUUACAUAAACACCCAGAACGUCAUCGCUCUCAUCAUUCAGAUCAUCAUCGCCAUCACAGUCACAGUCACCAUUCAUCUGGUAAACACUCGUCACUUCAUUAUCCUCAUCAUCAUCGUCAUCAUCACCAUCAUCAUAAAUCUGAAAAAGAUCACAAACAUUAUCACUCAGAUGAACUUAGUGAUGACAAAUCGUCAACUUCAAGCAGUAAAUCAUUAGAAAAGAUUUCACUAAAUGAAAAUGAUCUUCUAAAAUCUAACUUAGAAUAUUCAACAACCAUGAUUUCAGCCGAAAAGUUAUCAGACGUUAAAAAUUCACAAAAAGAACUUUUAUCCAAUUUAAAAUUACAAGAACGUAAAUUAAAACAAGAAUUAGCUAAACAUCGUGCACUGACAGAGAAACUAGUUAAAGUUAAACGCUUUAAUGAAAAAUUAUUAACUAUGGGCAAAGUUAGUUUAUCAAAUCCGAUCUUAAGUCUAACUAAGUCAAAAGAAACUAAUGUUGUUUGUGUUGCUACUGAACGUGAAGUUGAUGAUAACACUACUGAAAAUAUUUACAAUAAAGAUAGUAUCGAUGUGGUUCAUUCAAAAACUACACCUUCAGAGUUAAAUGACGAAAUAAUUAUAUCAAAAGAACAAAAUAAAGAUGAACUAAGAAAAUCACAUCGUCGUUUACAUCAUAAAACAUUAUCAAGAUCACCAUCCCAUAAAUUGUCCAAAUCUCGAUCUGAUCACAGUAGUGCUAGUCGGCGUCGAUUACGGAAAACCACAAAACAUGAUCAGGAACAGUCAACUGAUGUUCAAGGAACUACUCAAGAACCACACAUUAAAUCUAGUCUAACAAUAGAAACCAAUAUCAAUAAAGAAUCUACGGAAACAAUGGGUGACGGAUUAGAGUCAAAAAAUCUAGAGUCAAGCUCGUCUCAUAAAAGGAAGGGAAUGAAGGAUGUACAACACCAAGAGGGUCAAAAACAUCGUUCAAAGUAUGAAUCAACUUGUAAGCAUCAUCACGACCAUCGUCGGCAUAAACAUAGUGGUCAUCAUGAAUCAAACGAGACAACAACCGGUAACGACAAAACCAAGGGGUUAAAUGAAAUGCCGAAAUCUGAUCAACCGGAAGUCGAUCAGUCAAGUCUAUCUACCAGUUAUAAAGAAGAAGAAUCAAGUAUAACUGAUAAUCUUUUGAUCAUCACUAAUAAAGCAGCAAUUGAAUAUCAAUGUGGUGAACAAUCUCCAAUCCAUGACCAAUCUGAUGUUAUGAAACAUUCAACGUCAACUACAACUGCCUCUUCAACAUUAAUAAUGACUGAAUCUGAUCAACAAAUUCAUCAAUCUACUCAUCCAACACCUACGCAUCCAACAGAACCAAAUGCAGUCAAGUGCAGUUUAGAAGUGAUUAAUGAAAAACAAGAUAAUGAUCAAUCAUCCAGUUCUCAACAUCUUUCUAACGAUGAGGAAAGGCAAUUGGUUAUAAAAAAUCAAAGUUCAAGCAUUUAUGAGAAUCUUAUCAUUUCUGAAACUAAGCACAUUGAAGAAAGUCAGUCAACACAACUGGCUGGUGAUCAGACAGAUGAACUACCUCCAGUCCCACCAACAUGUCCACCUCCUAUUGAUUAUACACUUCCACAUGUCACUGAUCAACCUGACGAGUCUUCUGAUCUAAUGGUUAAGCAAGCAAUCGAUUUAUUAGAUGAGGUUGUUGCGAAGUCUACACAGAUUGACGAUAUUAGUGGUCAAGGUCGACUGCUUUCCUCCGUAAAUAGGUGUCUUGAAUAUAGUUCAUCAGAACAAGUGAUGUUAGAUGAUGACAAUGAAUUUGAUGGGACGAGGAUUUCCAAUAUAUUAGAAAAUAAUGAAAAUCUAUUUGAUACUUUAGCUACGGCUGACAACAGUGCAUACGGUAACAAAAUGACACGGAUCGUUGGGGAAAUUAUUCAAAAAGACGUAAGCAAUCGACCAUAUUCACCUUGUGAAUCUACAACAUCAGCAAGUGAAGGCAGUGAAGAUAUUGAACCGUUUCCUCCUCCGCCAUCUGCUGAAGUGUUGGCUGAAGUGAUUGAAGAAGAGGCAGGUCCUAACAUAGAAGUUGUUGAGGAAGAGGAGGAAGAAGAAGAAGAAGAAAAUGAUGAAGAUGAUGACUGUGAAGAAAACAGAAGAAAAUCGAGUUCUGUUUCUACUGUUAUAGAAGUUUCUUUACCUAUUACUGCAUCUGUUUCUACAACACAAACUUUUGAUGAUAAUAAAACGACCGACAAUAAACCAGAAUUUUUAAAUGAAGAAAUCAGAGAUGACCCAUUUAUCGUAGAUGAGGCAAACAAAGAUGAUACAGCGAUAUCCGAAUCUGUAAAAAGUAUUGUGAAUGCAGAAUCAAGCAUUGUUGUAUCUACUCAAACAAAUGAAACUGAAAGUGAUGAAAAGUUAACAAUAGAAGAAUCAUCAUCAACAAAUCAAAAUGUAGAAAUGAGUUUAUCACUACAAUAAAUUUGUAAACAAUUACAUAUUCACAUAGAUAUUAACUAUAAUUCAUCAUGUUUUAUGUCAAUGAAAUAAAAGAAAGAAAAAAAGAAAAAAUCAACCCCUACUUAUAUAAUCUCUAUAUAGAAAUAUCAAUAUAAUAAUAAUAAUCAUAAUAAAUUUAUUCCAAUUCAUUUUCUCAUUUCUAUUCUGUUUACAUUUUUAUUUUUUAGAAGAAAAAAAAUAAAAGAAACGAUUGUUAUAGUUCACCUAUCAAAUAAUUUAAAUUAUAUUUACCUAUUUUGUUAAUUGUUGUUACAAUUCAACAUUUUGAAAGUAUUAUAUGUUGUGUUAAAUAUUCAUUUUAGUUUCAUAUUAGUUUUAAAUUUUUACUUAUUUUUAUUAGCUUUCAUAUAACAUUAAAGUUCAUACUGUUGUUAUUGUUACUGUUCUAUUAUGAAUAUUAUUACUACUACCAUUACUAUUACUACUUAAAUCAUUAUUAUUAAACUUACUUCCAUGAUUGUUACUAAUACUGCUGUUGGUAGUUAUUGCUUUACGCUUUAACUACUUUUAUUAAUAAUGGGUGAAUAUUAAUUCCAUGUUGUUUUUUUUAUAUAGAUUAGAUUUCAUUUUCUCUUGUUUUAAUUUCAUUCUUUUUGUUGUUUAUCUAUUUUUAAGUUGUGGUCAUUUUUUUUUAUUAUUGUUGUAAACUGUAGGUAUGCUUUCUUUUCUUUAUUUGUAUACUGCCAAAAUGAAAUGAAAUGGGUUAGUUUGAUUAUCGUUUUCUAAAGUAAUUACUGCUAAGCGGUUUUAUAUUCGCAUUGUGUACACUUGAUAUAAAUUCAUCUUUUUUUUUUAGUGUGAUAGCAGAAAUAAUUGAAAUGAAAGUUUAAUAGAUUGCAUAGCAAGCAAUUAAACAGAGCACGAAAGAAAUGACAAAUAAAUAAGAUGAUCUUUUCAGUUUGUUUGCUUUACCCUUUUUAUCACUUUUAUGCGUAUCUAUGUAUGUUUGAUUUAUCUUUAUAUUUGAGCUGCUUGUUUUCUAUCCUUGACACUUUUUCUACCAUUUUCAAAUAAAGUUCGGUAAGAAUGUUCUGUUCAUAACAAUACAUCAUUGUUUAUUUAAAAAAGAAAAGAAAAUUAACUAGAAUUGUUAAUGUGUAUUUCCGCUUUCAUUUCCACCCGUCUCUACCUCCAUUCUAUUCCAAUGAUAGUUUAUUUACACUUUUUUGUCAUAAUUUUUUGUUUAUUUUUAACCAUCUGUUUGUUUGUUCGCCUGUUUGUUUAUCCAUAAUUUUAAUAAUAUUUGGUGUGUAUCGAAAUAAUAAGUAGGGAAGAUAUUUACAAUAUUGUAUUUUUGAGAUGUUGUUGCUAUCAAUAGACAAGAAAAUCACAUUAUAACUACGAUACUUGUUUACAGGUAGUAGAUAUAUCGGACGAAUACCUGAUCAAAAACAUGUAUCUUUCAUUCAUUUCAAUUAAAAAGUAGUAUUGCAUUUGUAAAUAUUGGUAAUAAUAAUAAUAAUCGUGACCUAU